CAUUCGGCGACUCUUAUAAGUCCACACAUUCUUCGGCAUCGCGUGGUGUCAGUCGUGUCGGUCACUGUUGUCACUGAAGCGGUUCCAGUAGUGGUGAUGAUAUCAGUGGUGCAUUUCAUGGACUAUGACUUUAAAGUGAAGACCGCAUCGGAAAGGGAUAAAGUAGAGGAACUGUUUGAGUACGAGGGCUGUAAGGUUGGCCGCGGCACCUAUGGUCACGUCUAUAAAGCCAAACGCAAGGACGGCUCCGAUACGCGCGAGUAUGCGCUCAAACAGAUCGAGGGCACCGGCAUAUCGAUGUCCGCGUGCCGUGAAAUAGCUUUAUUACGAGAACUAAAGCACGUGAAUGUGAUAAACCUACAGCGGGUAUUCCUGUCCCACUCGGACCGCAAAGUGUGGCUACUAUUCGAUUACGCGGAACACGAUCUCUGGCACAUAAUUAAGUUCCAUAGAGGGGCCAAAGCCAACAAAAAGCAAGUGGUCGUGCCGAAAGGGAUGGUCAAAUCGUUGAUAUACCAAAUACUGGACGGCAUUCACUACCUGCACACCAAUUGGGUUCUGCACAGAGAUCUAAAACCGGCGAACAUUCUGGUGAUGGGCGAAGGGGUGGAGAGGGGACGGGUGAAGAUCGCCGACAUGGGCUUCGCCCGCCUAUUCAACGCCCCACUCAAACCGUUGGCCGACUUGGACCCAGUGGUGGUCACCUUCUGGUACAGAGCGCCGGAACUAUUGCUCGGCGCGCGUCACUACACCAAAGCGAUCGACAUUUGGGCCAUCGGUUGCAUAUUCGCCGAACUGUUGACCUCAGAGCCCAUAUUCCACUGCCGACAGGAGGACAUUAAGACCUCGAACCCCUACCAUCACGACCAACUCGACCGCAUAUUCAAUGUGAUGGGCUUCCCAUUGGACAAGGACUGGGAGGACAUACGCAAAAUGCCUGAACACCCGACCCUUUCCAAGGAUUUUAAGCGCAAUAAUUACCAAAACUGUUCGCUCGUCAAGUAUAUGGAGAAACAUAAAGUAAAACAGGACUCAAAGGCGUUUCAAUUGUUGCAAAAGCUGUUGCUUAUGGAUCCCACGAAACGGCUCACAUCGGAUACCGCUAUGCAGGACACCUACUUCCAGGAGGACCCCCUCCCCACUCAAGAACUAAUACCUGUCCAUUCACUCCAUAGCGUAUUCCACGGCUGUCCCAUACCGUACCCGAAGCGUGAGUUUCUCACCGACGACGAGAACGAAGACAAGAACGACACGAAUAAUAAACAGCAAAACAAUAACAAUCAAAACCACGACAACAAUAAUCACAAUCAGGGCGUCAAACGGGUCCGCAUGAGCGGAAUGGGCGGCCAAACACUGCCGCCGGUCACCUCAUCGGCGUCCGGAGCCUCCGGUCACGGCAUGCAGAGCCAGAACAUGUACUCCAGCGGCCAACAGAUGGCCGGUAAUUAUCAACAACGGUAUAAUAACGUAUAA